AUGAACCAGCUACAAACAUGGAAUCACGUUUUGUCGGUGCUUCUCUGCCUGGCCGCCUUACAGGUGGAAACGAAUGGACAAACCCCAUUGAAUCACACCAUUCCGGUGCCCUUCAACAACACGCUGAACGCCACCCUGCACGCUAACCAAACGUUGCCGAGCAAUGAUUUGCCUCCGCUGGCCACAACCGCAAAGUGGGAACCGAUUCCGCGCUACAAACAUCCGCACUACGACACCUCCGGUAAGUUGCUUUGGUUUCCGCGAAUUAUCGGAGGUCUCCCGGCGACGGCAGGCGAGUUCCCGGCGAUGGUGUCACUGCAGUUGACACAAAAUUCGGCACACGUUUGCGGUGGAACGUUGCUUACGAUGAGUGAUAUACUUACGGCUGCCCACUGCGUUACUGACGUGCGUGGAGUGGCUCAUCCUGCAACGCAGUACCAAGUCAUGGCGGAUGAUCUGAACAUCCAAUCGAUGAUGCCCAGCCCGCUUCGUCAGAUACGUCGCGUUCGUUCGAUCACGAUCCAUCCACAGUACGAUCCGGCCACCAUCACGCAUGAUCUCGCGAUCGUUCGAGUAGAUACCGCUUUUCGGCGCACGGAUACGCUUUACGCGGGAAAACGCAUUCAAAAGUCCCCCAUGCUUGGUGAUCGGUGUCAUCUGGCUGGUUGGGGUGUUACGAAUGAGAACUCGCAAACUAUGAGCCCAAAUCUGCAGCGCAUCAACGUGGUAAUCAGUGAUUUCGGCUCGUGUAACGUGGCGUACGGGCAUAUACUGACUAACGGAAUGUUAUGCGCCGGUGCACCGGGACGGGAUGCUUGUCAGGGUGAUUCGGGAGGUGCACUGUUGUGUUCCGGUGGACGAGUUGCUGGAGUGGUCAGUUUUGGGGCUGGAUGUGCGAAUAACGAUAUCCCGGGAGUGUACGUUGACGUGGCGCACUACGAGAAGUGGAUCAAUGGAGCGCUGAAAAAUGGUGCCCAACGUCCAAACGUGGCCAUCGGAAGUCUUGCAGGCGUAAUCGUGCUUUUCUGGAUGGUAGCUCAGUGGGGAAAGCAAUAG